CUGCGCUAAGCGCUUAAAGAGUGAAUGGUCCUGGCAGUGGCAAUCGGAACGGGGCAAGCAGGUUACACCGCGCUUCCCACAGCAGCAUCUCGGGCAACCCUUCGGCUACUUCAGUUCUGUUUUCUUUCGGGCUUUCCUUGAUAGCCGCACCAGCCGAAUCAGGGCGAUGCUAGCGCUUCCCGAAGAUAGAUCUUGUGAGAUUUACAGCAUAUCAAGUUAUCUGCACUGUGGCACUGCUAGCAGCGUACCUGAACAGACCUAUCAUAUUGGAGGAUUUCAUAAAGAAGGCUCGAGUGCCGAUCGCCUGCGGUCCUUCUCCUCCGUUGCUCAGUCAGUGCACAGGGGCUGCCAGUGCCCACCAGAGUGCUGCUUCCUCAGACUGCCCUGGAAAAGAUGGCUUCUUGGAACCCUGCCUGUAAUCCCUGUGGCUGCUGCUGUAAUCAUCCUAGCCUUGUGUUACAGUUUGUCUCCGGCUGCCUCUGUUUUCUACCUGGGUGGAAGUGUGGAGAUCGCUAACAUGUCCUUCAACAGUGAGCUGGCAGAGCCCAGAUCCAGGCGGUUCCUCCUGCAAGCCGCAGCAGUUGAAAACGAUUUCUCAAAGCUGUACGAGUCCUCUGUCUGGGGGGCGUAUCACUUGAAAUCUGUUGUUGCUGCGUUUAGUGAAGGAGAAGAAGGAGGAGUGAGAGCCUUUUACUGGAGUAAGUUCUCUGCUCCGGUUGGCAUUGCACAGCAGAUCAAAAAGGACAGACCCUCCAACCUGCGACGAGUCAGUGGCACAAAAUCCCACGUGAAUUUCAGUCCCAGUGAGGAGGUAUACUCCUUAGAUGAGGAACUUGACACAGCUGAAUUGUUUGCUUCAGACUCUGAGGAGUACGAUCUCGGAGUGAAAUCAGCAAUAUCAUUUGACCUUUACGCUAAAUAUGGCAACAACCGGACCCUGACGCUGACCAGUCCCAAGAAGCCCUAUUACCAGUGGAGGCUGCGGGUCCCUUCGGGGCACGUGGUGCGACUGGUUAUUCUGACCCUGCACGGGGCGUCUCCUGGAAACUGUGGCGCCCACAAACUCUCUGCCUACGACUUCUUAUUACCUCUGCAGAACAAGAUCAUUGCAAGGUGGUGUGGGCUUCCGGUGACAUGGACCCCUCCCGUCAUUAAACUAACUUCCUCUGGUAAUGUGAUGCUCAUCACCUUCUCUUUCAACAGACAGAGGGAAAGUGCUUUGUUCAAGGCAUAUUUCCAAGCUGUCCCCAAAAUAGCAUGUGGAGGGAGCUCCAUCUCCUGGAAUGGGACCCUGACUUCUCCAUACUACCCAAGCCACUACCCUCCCAGUGUGGACUGCAGCUGGACUUUAAAGGCCCCUCUGCCAGGGUACCUGCUCUCCCUCACAGUGGUGGCGCUGGAUAUUCAGGAAUCUCCCGUCUCAAACACCUGUGACAAAGACUGGCUGGAGAUUAAUGGCAUCAGACUGUGCAGUCCUGUCGCUGAAAGCAGCAGGAAACGAGUGUAUUCGUCCCCUGUUAUGUUGCACUUCCAUUCCGAUGAGUCUGUCACUCGCAAAGGGUUCUACAUUCUGUACCAAGCCUUCAGCUAUGACGACCCAUGUCCCAAACAGUUCCAGUGCAAGGACAGUACCUGCAUCCCUGUGAAGAACCGCUGUGACGGGUGGAAGGACUGUGCCGACGGCAGCGAUGAGGCAAAAUGCGAUAUAUGCAGCCCAGGUGAAUUUAACUGUGGAAACGGCCAAUGCAGACCCCACGCAGGGCUUUGCGAUGCACAGAGUGAGUGUGGAGACAGCAGUGAAGAGGCAGACUGCGCGGCGGAAUGUUUCUUCCACUGCCCUCGUGGGAUCUGUAUCCCCCAGUCUGCUGUCUGUGACGGGGUGAUGGACUGCAAAGACCGCAGCGAUGAGAUCAACUGCAGCAGAGCAAUUCAAAAAAAAUGUUCUCCGUCUUCCUACAAGUGCCGUGAUGGGAAGUGCGUCAGCAAACUGAACCCGGAGUGCGACGGGAGGAAAGACUGCUCAGACGGGUCUGACGAAGUGGACUGCGGAUGUGGAACGAGGCCGACAAAGAAAAGCAAGAUAGUCGGUGGUGAGGAUGCACGGAGCGGGGAGUGGCCCUGGCAAGUGAGUCUGCAGAUGGGGAGAUACGGGCACAUCUGUGGGGCCUCCGUCAUUGCCAGCCGCUGGCUCAUCUCCGCUGCACACUGCUUUCAGGACUCCGACUCUAUCAGGUAUUCGGACACCUCGUCUUGGAAGGCCUACAUAGGACUGAGGAUAAUAAACAUCAUAAGCAGUUCUGUCGUAACGAGGCAGGUGAAGCGAAUUGUGGUCCACCCCCAGUAUGACCAGUAUACCUCGGACUAUGACAUCGCCCUCCUGGAGCUGAGCGCCUCAGUGCCCUUCAACGAGUUCAUCCAGCCUGCGUGUGUACCGGCCCGCUCGCACUUCUUCAGUACUGAGAGCUCCUGCUUCGUCACCGGCUGGGGGGUCCUUGUGGAAGAUGGUGAGAUAUCUUCAGUUCUGCAGGAAGCCACUGUGAAAAUUAUCAGCCACAACACCUGCAACAAGUUCUAUGACGAUGCUGUCACCUCCAGGAUGCUGUGUGCUGGGAAUCUGCACGGAGGGGUGGAUGCAUGUCAGGGAGACUCCGGGGGGCCCCUGGUGUGUCUAGAGAAGGGGAGGAGGUGGUUCCUGGCUGGCAUUGUCAGCUGGGGAGAAGGAUGUGCCCGCAGAAACCGCCCAGGUGUCUACACACAAGUAGUGCAUUUCUCAGACUGGAUCCGACAACACAUCAACUGAGGCCGAAGAAGGACGGGGGUGAAACUCAUUUCAUUUUAAACAGGACUGUUUUUGUAGCUGUGAUGUUUCCCCUUGUUUGCUCAGGAUCCCAGCGGAAGCCCUUUGCUGACAGCACAAGGAGAGCAGCUCAAGGGUGGGAGUGUGGCCUGUCCAGUGCAGUACGUGUUCAUUAAGGGCACUUUCUGCAUUCAUUUCGCUGGCUGGGAUCCACCGCGCCAGUUGGUAACAGAACUAAAUGAACCUGUUUCUUUUUUUUUCAAACAAUGGGUUAUAUUAACCCAGCAGGACCGUGGAUAGCUGUACAGUUGGAAAUGGGGCGGGUCUUUCAGAUGUCAUUCGGAUCACGCUGUGAUUUCAGUCGGCUGUGUUUUUCUGUAGUGUGUAAGUGUAGGUAUCCACGCUCCUACAUUCAGCAAUAAUGGGACACGAUCAUUAAAAUUGCAAAGUCUACAUCUUAUUUAAAAACCAUUAUAGUAAAACAGUUAUUGUUACAAAACUAGUAUGAGCCAUCUUUGUGUGCACA